AUGCCGGACGAUGUGUCAACAAAUCCCCUUCCCAAUGCUGUGUCCCGUCCGGUAUUUCCUCAAGGUCCCGGCUUCACACUCGAAGACUUCUCUAGCCGUGAUUUCAUUGUGAAGGAGUUUAUUGAAUCCCUUUCCGAAAAUGCAGUAAACACUCGGCGACCUACAGGAGCAUCAGGAGGUGGAAGCCAGCCGUUUGACCCCAAACCGCUGAUUCGGACGUUUGAGCAUGCGCAGCGGCGACUAGGUGAUAUAUCAGGCGACCUCGAGAUAAGAGAAAAUGAAUUAUCUGCUGCAGUCCGCAGGGCAGAGGCACAGCAUACUCAGAAUCUGAACACCCUAGGACGAAAAUUAAGUCAAACCAUCGAAUCUUUCCAGCAACUCGAUACGUCGCUCAAUGGCGCAGGGUUAUCUGGAGGAGAGCUUUCCGAGAGCACAGGCAAUAUGGCUGUCGAGACAGGACGUAAGCUCGAGGAAUUAGAUCGUCAAAGGCGUCGGGCGCUUGACGCACACUUUCUCCUCGAAUGCUGGGAUGGUGUGAGCAACAGAGGGGAGUUAACCCUUUUGGAGAAUUUGAGAAGGUCAGGAACAGGUGAGGCCAAGGUUCGAUCGGCACAGAUCGCGCGCCAGUUGCUCAGAAUCAGCCAGCGACUUGACACUGAAAGUUGGAGCGAAGUAGCGGGAAGACAUAACGGGUCCCACGCAAAUGGAACUAUAGCAGAUGAGUCCGGGAGCACAAAGGGCAAUGUCAUUCGGCCAAAUACGCGAGAAAUUAUUGAGAAGUUCUCCGAGACGCUAGAGAAUGACUUGUUGAAGCAAUUCGAUGAUUUCUACAGGAAAGCUAAUUUUGAAGGCAUGAAGGAUUGCGCAACAGUACUCCAAGAUUUCAAUGGUGGUGCAAGUGUGAUUGCUUUGUUUGUGAACCAACAUCAGUUCUUUAUUGACCGCAGCCAGCUUGUGACCGAAGAAGUGGGAGGAGAUCCAGAAGCCUGGGAAAUGCUUGCAGACCCCGACGCUGAACCGUCAAAAGUGGAGCCCAGCCUACAGUCACUCAUUGAUGAAGUCAAAGUUGUGGUGCAAGAAGAGUCCGCGAUCAUCAAAAGGGCCUUCCCGUACUACGAACAAGUACUCGGAAAGUUCCUGCAGCGAGUUUUCCAGCAGUCGAUUCAACAAAGACUCGAGAUGGUCUUGGAUAAGGCGAACAGUGUUUCAUCACUGGCGUUUCUACGUUCUCUACAAAGUUCUCGCAGUUAUCUAAGCGCCUUAGUCGAUGACUUGAAAGCUCAUGGAUUGACUGAACAUCCCGACCCUAUCUCGUCACAGACAGCCCUCAUUCUCGAUCAGCAACUGGAGGAUCUGUUUGUGCCCUAUUUUGUGGGUUCAUCUUACAUAGAAAGAGAGAGAAGGAAUUUGGAAGAAUUAUAUACCUCCCUACAAUUCAGGUUCACCACUUUCCACGCUCGCAGGAAGAAAGCGGUGACAACGUUUAUGGCAUCUCUCUCCAAAGCAGGCACGGAGGUUCUUGUCUCCGCAAGAGAUGCAUAUAUUGCACGCCUUGAGUCCUCCGAGCUUCCUGCAACACAGAAGAUGCUUUUACUCCGAUUGGCGGGUCUAAGGGAAGCCACUGAUCCCAGUAAACCUACAGACAUCAAGCUUACAGAAGAUGACGGUCUCCCCAACAUUGCUCAUGCAAAGAGAAUGCUCAAAUGGCUUGCCGAAGCAGUUGGUAGAGGCUUAGAGCUCAGCAUGACAAGCGAGACGCCCAAGGAUAUGCUUGCUCUUCUGAGCCUUCUUCUCGCGAUGAUGGGAGAGGGCUAUAUUGAAGUUUGCUUAGACGCCGCUCUGGAUGUAGCCGCAUCCCAGGAAUCAGGCAGAACUGAGCCUGAUUUCGGGUAUAUACCGGCCAUUCGGAACGCCAUCAGUGUCGCCAACUUAAUGGUCAUGUGCAUUAACACAUUACUUAUCCCUCUUGCUGCAGGCAAGCAGAAGGUCAUUGACGCGACGUUAGCCUGGGUGAACAAACUUCUUUCUGGUCAGAAGAAAAAUGACUUUCGACCAAAGGAGGGUGACAAUGCGACUUGGUUAGAGAGGCUACAAACACCGACAUGUGCGUCAAUUUGUACCUUCUUGGCUCGUGCGCAUAACGUUCUCAAGGGCUCGCUACCACCUAGUGGCUCUAACCUCCGCCAGUUGCUUACAGAGAUUGUUCUUGGGACAAGAAGUCUUCUCCUUGAACAUUUCAAGCGGUUUGUUGUGAAUGGGCCAGGAGGUCUCAUUGUAACCAAGGAUAUGACACAGUAUACCGAUCUUUUGAAAAGCUGGGAUAUUGAGGAGCGGGUAAAAGGUCCGGGUGGUGCGCUAGAUGUCCUACUAGAAGUCGGAAACCUUUUCGUCAUUGGCUCUGAAGCAUUGCAGGAGCGCAUACGUGGGGGCGCAGUCAGCGCUGCCGGCGGAAAUACUGGUAAUGGUAACGCCACUACAGGCCCAGGACGUGGAAUUGGAGGUCCCACUCAAGAGGAUACAGGCCUCAGUGUUCAGGAAGUCAGGGCUUAUGUUUCUCGCAGGGAGGAUUCUAACACUGCUGCUCUGCAGGUCGUGCUCAAUAAUCUUUGA